GUGUUCUUCUCCACAAUCCGUCCGAGACCCACCCACCUUCAGUCCACUAGCAGAUCUCUUCCUUCCCGUAGAGCAGACGGUAGAGCAGAGGCAGCGCCCAGCUCUCAGCCUAGACAUGAUGAUGAUGAGCGAGGGAGUGAGCGUGCCGCCGUGGGGCAACCUCCCGGUGAGCGGCGUCGACGCCGGCGGUGGCGACGAGACGCCGUUCCUGUUCGCCGCGCUGCGCCAGUACCUGCCGUGCAACGACAUGGCGGGCGCGGGCGGCGAUGACGAGGACGAGGCGGCGGCCAUGGCGGCCGCGGUGGACGCGUACGCGUGCGACGAGUUCCGCAUGUACGACUUCAAGGUGCGCCGGUGCGCGCGCGGCCGGAGCCACGACUGGACCGAGUGCCCCUUCGCGCACCCGGGGGAGAAGGCGCGCCGCCGCGACCCGCGCAAGUACCACUACUCCGGCACCGCCUGCCCCGACUUCCGCAAGGGCGGAUGCAAGCGCGGCGACGCCUGCGAGUACGCGCACGGCGUCUUCGAGUGCUGGCUCCACCCGGCGCGCUACCGCACGCAGCCCUGCAAGGACGGCACCGCCUGCCGCCGCCGCGUCUGCUUCUUCGCCCACACCCCCGACCAGCUCCGCGCCAUGCCGUCCCAGCACUCCAGCCCCAGGAGCACGCCGCUGUCCCCGCUCGCCGAGUCCUACGACGGCUCCCCGCUCCGGCGCCAGGCGUUCGAGAGCUACCUCAGCAAGAGCAUCAUGUCCUCCUCGCCCACCAGCACCCUGCUCUCCUCCCCGCCCAAGUCGCCCCCGUCCGAGUCGCCGCCAUUGUCUCCCGACGGGGCCGCCGCCUCCUUCCGCCGCGGUUCAUGGCCCGGCGUUGGGUCGCCCGUGAACGACGUCCUCGCCUCGCUCCGCCAGCUGCGCCUCGCCAAGGCGCAGGCGUCGCCGUCCGGUGGGUGGCCCGCCUACCCCACCUCCCCUGCCGCCUACGGCUCGCCCAAGGCCGGCGGCCUCUACAGCCUCCCCACCACCCCCAUGGGCACUCAGACCAGCGCCUCCAGCUUCAUGGCCAACCUGGAGCCACUCAACCUCCGCUUCCUCGACGACGAGGAGCCGGUUCAGAGGGUGGAGUCCGGGAGGGCGCUCCGGGAGAAGGUGUUCGAGCGGCUGAGCCGAGACGGCGCCGCGCCCCGCAGCUGCGACGUCGGUGCCGGAGCAGGAGGAGGCCCCGACGUCGGGUGGGUCUCAGACCUCAUCAACUGAGGCAGCCCGUUCCUUCUUCCAAGUUUACUUUGCGGAGUCGCUCAACAAGAUGGCAUGACGGAGGUGGCGGUAAGAAGAAGAAGGAAGAAAAAUGGCACCCCAAAAAAAUUAUCCUCAAGUUUCUUUUGCUAUUUCAAGUUGCUGCAAAUUCCUGUACAUAGCUGCUAUCUAUCUCCCAUGUGAAUAUUCCUGGUUGGCGGAAGGGAGGCAAGAUGAAGGAGGAGGAUGGGUGGAUUUGUUUUGGGGUUCUUGAGGAAGUAGGAAUUUACCCAAAAGGAAAAAUUACCAAAAAAAGGAGGGAAGAGGUGGAUUGGAACUUGGAUGGUGGUGGUCCUAUCUGUUGUGUUGUGCAUAGGUGGAAGGGUGGGUGGUGAAGCAUGGAAGGGAAGCUGGCUGGUGGUGGUGACGAUGAGAGGGUUGGAAGGUGGACUUGAUUCCUGUGAUUACUGGCGCUGUUGUUGUUUCUUUAUCGUCCUCGUUAGUGCAUCAUCUGGACUAGCUGAAGACCGACCGAUUUCACAUUUUGUUAAUUAAUGUAAUCCUUCGUAAGGAUGGCGAUCGACGAUCCGAUCCCCCACACCAUAUUUUGUACUACUGCCUUAGCCGCUUAGCGGCCUUUAAUCCUUGGUUCAUCCAAUGGCGAUGAAUCAACUCCCCCCCCAAUGUAUUUGUGUAAUCCUUCGCUAUUAUCAAGUAAAUGAUGUUUAUCUA